UACAUUGUACUCUGUUAUACACUGUAUUCCAGUAAGUUGAAAUAUCAAAAUGUCCAUGAGAAUAAAAUUAUUCUUGCUUAAAUAAACUUGCAAUCAUUUUCCUCUAGUCAAAUCUUAAAACAAAAUUAUUUAGCAACUAAACUAAAGCCGUUGACGGAAUUAAUACUUUUGAAGACUUUCAAUCAUUCCCUCUAGUCAAUAUCCGAAAAAAUAACAAGUUAACUAUAGUUUUCGACGGCUUUCGAGUAUAUAGCAACUCUAUUAUGAUAUUCAAUAUGUUUAUAUGUGUAUCUAAGAUCUUGUUGUGAGUGCAAACAAAGUCUCCUAUUAGAAGUUUAGACAAAGUCUCCACCAACUCUGAUUAAUACAAGAUUUUUGGGAAAGAGCCCAAUAACAAAACCAUGCGGUCUUACCUCUUAAGCCCAAAGUGGACAAUAUCGUACUAAUCAGCUGAUAUAGGCUCGAGAAAACCCAACAGAUCUGAAUUUUGCAACAUGAUAAUUUGUUAGAUUUGUUUCCUUUGGUUAGGAUUAGGUAUGAUCAUUUAUAUGUGGUUCUGAUUCUUUAAAGAUAUGUAAAAAACGCCGAUGAAACAAUUAUUUUGAUUCCGUGGCGACGGAUUUUGCUUCUGCAACAAAUUCUUGAUUUUGCGUUGGUAGCCUUAGCAACAAGAAACAAACAAAAAAAUGGUCGAGACGCGAGCUCAGCAUCGCAGGCGAGUGACAUCACUGACAUGGGAUGACGUAGAAUCUAAACAAGAUGUCUUUCGUGACAUCUUAUCUCGACUCUCAGUAAGGUCUAUCCGUUCAGUGAAAACGGUUAACAGAUACUGGCGUGACUCAGUUAGGGACAAACAUUUUGCUACGAUACAUCUCGCUCAAUCGAGAAAGAAGCCCUCAUACAUAGCUUGUCCUAGAGUAAACAACGCUAUGGAGCUGUAUUUGUUGAAGCCAGGGGAGUUCAACUUUCGACACCACGCUACAGUUGAUCCUCCGGGAAGAAACGCUGAGCACCACAUGCUCAUGAUAGCAUCGUUCAAUGGAUUAGUAUGCUGCAUCAACCAACUCUCUGAUGAAAAUGAAGAAGAUUUCCAGAUAUGGAUCUGCAAUCCUUCUACUGAACAGACUCUGCUUCUUCCUCAGGGCAGACCAUCGUUUUGGACUGAACCAAGCAUCGGAGUUGCAUAUGGUCCUGACAUGAGCGAGUACAAAAUUUUCCGCAUAGUCUCUGAUGGUGAGAAUGGAGCAGGUUUGCACAUAGAGUGUGAGGUGUAUUCUUCUAGCACGUGGAGGAUCAUCGGCGCUGUGCCUCAUCUUCCAAUGUAUGUUUUUCUUAUCCCACACAGAUCCAGUCAUGUCUUUGUAGGAGGAAAAAUCUACUGGCUUGUUUCUUUGGAAGAUCCUGGUAUAAUCCUCUACGUGGAUAUGGAAGAGAGAUUCGGAGUUAUGGAGCUGCCUUACUAUUCACCAGACCUGCGUUACGAAGACAGGAUAACAGUUACGACGUAUCUGAUAAACCUGGGAGGAUCUCUGUCACUUGUAGUUCUACAUGUGGAUUACUUUGACAUAUGGGAGUGGAAAGAAGCUAGUUGGGUACUUGUAAUCGAAGAUUAUUUGCCAUUCAUGAACUUUUCUGAAACUGUAUUAUUCCUGACGUCAUCAGAGAAGGAGAUCCUGUGUGUGACUGAGUGGCAAUGGUGGACUUAUCAUGUGAAUACUAGAAAGUGGGAAGAAAGGGGCGGGCCUCCUACUCAAUUUACGAGUCCUGCUAUGUUCCCCUUCACCGAAAGCCUUCUUCCAUGCAAUGGUGGGGUGAGGCUAGAAGGAAGGUGAAGAAGAGUAUUUAUCAUUUCUGGCUUGCUGGUGGUGAUGGACAAAGUCUUUGCGUGGUGGUGCUUGAUUUAUCUUGCAGAGGCUGUGUUUCUCACUGGAUAUUCUGUUUUUAUUUUUCCGUUCUAAAACUUCUCAUUUCGUUUAACGUUUCUGGUUUGCAUCAUGUCCUAAACUUUUGGUUUUGUACUUUGUGUUUUAUCGUUUGUUUCGGUUUGUAAACCUUUAUCAACAGUAAUAAGCUUUGUUUCCGAACCAAGGUUUUCAUCCUACGUUAUAAAAAGAGCUAUUUUAGAGACUUCUAAGAUGUGCCACAUAGGCAAAAAAUUCCUGGCCAAUCAAUCUACCAGUUCAUCUCAGACUGGACUGAUAUCCAUGUCAAUUAUGAAGCCCAAACAAUUUAUUUGAAUCCCAGUUAAUACUGAAGUCAGCCCAAUAUCCAUUUACGGUAUAUGAUACCAAGAAACUAAAAAACUCAUUCUAUUUUAUGAAAUUACAUGCUUUUGUUUAGUCUUUCGUCACAGUGACCGGAGGCGUGUUGAAUCACCAAGCUUCUCACGCAUCCUACUAUUAUGCUAUUUCAAUUGAGGUUCUUAGUGUUGUUCUAACUUAUAUUUAAAAAUAAUUUUUAUUAAAUGUUAUAGAUUUUAUUAUUAUCUUAAUAAAAUUUAAUAUAGAUUUGAUAUAUAUUAUAUCAAAUUGUAUAAAACUAAUAAAAAUGAUAUAAAAUUGUAUAAUUAUCAAACAUUUGGCCUAAACAAUAUUUUUAAAAUUUUGUAGAUAUAUAAGAAACUAAAUAUCAUAUGAUUAGAUAUUUAGAUGUUUAAAAUUUGCAUAUUUUAAAAAGCUUUAGUAAUACAAAUUGUAUAAUUAUAUAAAAAUAAUAAUAUUACUAAAUCUGGAAUGUUAUAUAUGAAUAUAUAUUUAUUUUAUAGAUGAUGCAUAAGAUAUUACCAACAUUAAAUAAAAUUAUCCGUCUCAUGUUUAUUUUUUUAAUUGUAGAGAUGACAUGUAGAAAAAUGCCCAAAAUGAUCCUAAUACCCUAGAUAUAUAGAAAAUAUAAAAAUUUGAAAUAUAAUACAAUAAUUAUUUGUAGAUCCAAACUGGUACGUUUAACUUUAUGGGACAAGGAGACGUCUAAUUUCAGGGAGUUAAAUCCCAUAUCUACCAGAAAAAACCAAAUCGUAAUCAUCACAAGUAUCAUUCUACGGUUACAUGAAGGUAAUAAACUAAACAUAAAGUUUAUGUCAAACUAAAUGCUUACAAAUAUUUCACUUUUUCA